AUGCUACCUUUCGAUAAUGAAUCCAGCAUAAUCACCAAUAAUAACGAAGUCCUUAAAAAUGCCGAAAUAUAUUUGAAAGAUAAGAUAUAUGGACCAGAAUCAUUAGCGAUCCAUGAAGGAACUCAACACAUAUUCAGUGGUUUACGAAAUGGUUUGAUAAUUGAGAUGGAUAUCAAUGAACAAGGAGAGAUAAAUAUUGUUCGAGAGUUUCGACUUCAUGACAUACACCAAGGAAGCUGCGAUGGUACUUUUAAGAGUUUUCCGAAAUGUGGCCGCCCUCUAGGAGUCCGAUUCAGAAAACUGUAUAGAAAUAAACUAUUUAUUGCUGAUGCAUAUCAUGGUUUAUAUGAACUCGAUAUAAUCACUGGCAAAUCCAAACUAAUCCUGCAAGCUGGAACAUUAAUAACAAAUAAUAUAAGUGAUCUACCAUUACGACAUUUAAACGAUUUUGAUGAAACAUUCAAUGGUAAAAUAAUACUCUCAGAACCAUCAAUGAAAUUUUCCGACCGAGAUUGCAUACUUGCAAUGUUGGAACAUAGCGGCGAUGGGAGGAUAUUAUCUUAUGAUGACCGAAGAAAUGAAUUAAAAGUGAUAGCAAGCGGCCUGCAGUACCCUAAUGGGAUUCAGAUUGAAGGAGACAACUGUGUAUUUUGUUAUGAUGAACCCAACUGGAAAGCCACUAUAUUUAUAGAUAAUCUUCCUGGCUACCCAGACAAUGUUCGCCUUUCUGCUCAAGGCUUUGUUUGGAUUCCUUUGCCAGAAGUGCGAUUAGAAGAUGAUAAGUGGCUAACGAUGAAUUCAUUUUUGCGAAACAUGAUUGCUGCGUUUAUCCCUCCAUCAAUACUUAUGGAUUUGCUAAAGUGGAUUGCACCUAAAUAUGGCUUGGUUCUAGCUGUUAACCGAGAUAAUGCUUCUAUCAUCCGCAGUCUGCAUGAUCCUGAUGGCCGAACCAUCUCUGCUAUAACCGAGGUGGCGGAAAUGAAUGAUGGCACUUUACUCUUUGGGAGUGAUACGAAUAAUUUCAUUGCGAAACUCGAUAAAAAUUAUUAA